CUCCCCCUCUGCAUCCCUCUCUCUCUCUUUCUGGGGGAUGCAAGAUUCCUGCGCUGUCACAAACUGGACUCCAAACGGAUAAGGCUGAAAACAAAAAUGCGACAUUCUAUAUUUUAAUAGUAACUGAGGACAGAUAUUCGUUUCUCCACGUUUUAUUUGAGACAUUUCUCAGUUGAGUCAGAUGCCAAGCAGUGUUUUCUCUGAGGGUAAUAUGGAAGAGCAAACCAAGAAAAGCGUCUGAGGAUUUUUCAAACGCUGUUAGAGGCUGGUCAGCAGACGUUGUGACGACAUCAGCGAGGCAACAGGCAUGAUUUUAAUGUAGCAGGUAACAGAGAAAAUAGCCUGAAUAACACCGCAUGCGUUUUUUAUGAAAUUGCAUUGCUCUUUUUUGACUGAAGAACGAAUUUGAUUGGGAUUUAAUUUUUAAAAAUGGCUCACUUAAUUCGACACAAGCUCUCAAACAAGCUGACCAAUGCGGCCCACACGGUGUCCCAUAAAUCUCAGGCCAAGGUCAGCGGGGUUUUCGCCCGAAUGGGCUUCCAGGCCGCCACGGAUGAGGAGGGUGUGGGUUUCGCCGAGUGCGACGACUUGGAUUAUGACUACAGGCAAGGGAUGCAAAUGGAUAUCCUCCAGGGAGAAGAAGGAGAAGGAGGGGAGAUGGAGGGAGAUGGGGCGCUGGAAGGGGACACCCACUACCAGAGAGAUGGCACCGGCCCGAGGUCCGCAUCCCUGAAGAGUGGGGGCUCUCUGGAUGAGGAUAAACCCAAAAUCACAACAUGGGAAGCGGGCUGGAACGUCACCAAUGCCAUCCAGGGCAUGUUCGUCCUCGGCCUGCCGUACGCCAUCCUCCACGGCGGAUACCUCGGUCUCUUCCUCAUUAUCUUCGCGGCUGUGGUGUGCUGCUACACCGGCAAAAUCCUUAUCGCGUGUCUGUACGAGGAGAACGAAGACGGCAUACUAGUGCGUGUGAGGGACUCGUACGUGGACAUUGCCAACGCCUGCUGCGCGCCGCGCUUCCCCAGUCUGGGCGGCCACGUCGUGAACGUGGCUCAGAUCAUCGAGCUCGUCAUGACUUGCAUUCUUUACGUCGUGGUCAGCGGAAACCUGAUGUACAACAGCUUCCCCGGGUUCCCCGUGUCCCAGAAAGCCUGGUCCGUGGUGGCCACGGCCGCGCUCCUGCCGUGCGCCUUCCUGAAGAGCCUGAAGGCCGUGUCCAAGUUCAGCCUCCUCUGCACGCUGGCGCACUUCGUCAUCAACAUCCUCGUGGUGGCCUACUGCCUCUCCCGGGCCCGAGAGUGGGCCUGGGAGAAGGUUAAGUUUUAUAUUGAUGUGAAGAAAUUCCCCAUUUCAAUUGGCAUAAUCGUUUUCAGCUACACUUCCCAAAUUUUCCUUCCUUCCCUGGAGGGAAACAUGUCGAAACCCAAUGAAUUCCACUGCAUGAUGGACUGGACUCACAUUGCUGCUUGUGUCCUCAAGGGGCUCUUUGCACUGGUGGCCUACUUGACCUGGGCAGACGCCACCAAAGAAGUUAUUACGGAUAACCUACCUUCAACAAUCCGAGCUAUAGUAAAUAUCUUCCUGGUGGCAAAGGCACUGUUGUCAUACCCGCUGCCAUUCUUCGCUGCAGUUGAAGUUCUGGAGAAAUCAUUGUUCCAGGAUGGUGGGAGAGCCGUGUUUCCUGACUGCUAUGGCCCCAAUGGGCAGUUGAAAACCUGGGGUCUGGGCCUUCGAGUGGCCCUAGUCGUGUUUACCUUGCUUAUGGCCAUCUUUGUCCCCCAUUUUGCCCUCCUCAUGGGUUUAACGGGCAGUCUGACUGGUGCUGGUCUGUGCUUCCUUUUGCCAAGUCUCUUCCACCUAAAGCUCCAGUGGAGAAACCUCUUGUGGCACCACGUCUUCUUCGAUGUUGCCAUUUUUGUUAUCGGGGGCAUAUGCGCAGUAUCUGGUUUCAUUCACUCAGUGGAAGGGCUCAUCGAGGCGUACAGGUAUAAUCUCCACGACUAACAGCUCCCGAGAUGACCUCUGUUGGAGAGUGAUGACCCAAAAGUGAACGUUAGAACUUAUGAAAACACUACCAUUGGCCAUUUGACUUAAAAGCUCAUGAGGAGGAUUGUUUUGUGUGAAACGUACAUCUUUUUUUUAUUUUGCCUUCGUGAUAAUGUGCAAUAAUAAACUCUACAGUGAUAGUGUAAAGUAGUCUACUCAUUUGGAAAAAAAAGGUGUUUUAUUAAAAUGGCAGAAGAAAUAGGACCUCUGCAUGGAAGGAGGUGAUUGAAUAUGCAGGCAUUAAAAAGCCUGUCUGGAUAUCCAUCUUCAUGCAAAGAUCCAAUGAAAAUAUCCUCAAUGGGUCUAACUGUGAGUGUGUAUGUGUUGGGGGAAUGAAAUAUAAACAAUGGAGUGAAUAUGUUAUUACUGGAUUAUGAGCUGCUAGAUAUAAUUAAUCCCACAUCAGAUAAAACAGAACGCACCUUUCAGAUCACAUGGUGCUCCAGAAAUCAUGAAUAACUUACGUGUAGUGGUUUUAAAAAAAAAAAGAAUUAUUCUUUUCUACUGGUUUUGUGUUUUAUUUUUCAUUAUUUAGACAGUUGUAGUCCUUGUUGGCUGGUUCAUUUUCUUGGUGUUUCGAGUGUCAUUCUGGAUGACGUGAAUUCAAGUGCAAGCAAGUGGGUCCUAAUUGUAUUAUAUAAAAAUGUUUGUCUGAUAAUAUUCUGUUCCUAUUGAACUUGUUAUUUGUGAUUUAAUGGAACUAAUCAUGGUGUGUGAGAAAAAGAGUAUUUGUUGAAUUAAGAGAUAAAUAAAUCAAAUAUUUUAU